GAGCUGUUGCUUCAUUAGUGCAUCCAAGAGCAGCUUCCUGUUACUUUAUCUGUUGAAGCAGUUUCUCUUCUCAGAACCAGACCCUGAUUACCCUACUGAUGGUAGAGGAGUAAAACCGCUCUGUGGGAACAUUUGAUUCUAUAGAGUUCUCUUAAUAGCAGAUUUUCUGUAGCAAAAUGGCAAAGAUUUUGGGACAAUGAUAGUCAUUCAAUCAUUGGUAUAAAAGAGAGAGUUGACUAUUGAGAAAUAUACUAAGGACAAAACUAGCAGGUACACUCAGAAGAUGAGACAAAGUUUGGGAGUGCUUCAGACCAUAUUUUCAGGUAAGACAAAUCAUUUUACAUUACAUAGUCAUAAUUAUCAGAGAAGUGCUAAGCAAGGAAGUAUGAUAUGAAAAGGCUCCCCCAAUAUAAGAUCUCAGGUAACUAUAAAGAAAUGUGUUGCAAUCAGUUGCAAAACAGAUCUUUCUGCUUUUAUGUUUUUGCUCAAGAAACUUCAGUGUAUGUUGUAAUAUUCUCCACUUGCUGGCUCUGAGACACACUUCAUUAUAGGUCAUCAAUACAUACCAUAAUGACAUACUUUUUACAUGUCCUCAUAUGAGUAGCAUUGAUAGUCAUUAAAGUUGGGACAUGAAUUACCUGGGAAGUUCGGACGGCCUCCUGGGUUUUGUCCAUAUGAACUGUUGAAGAUAAUGUUUGAAAAGAAAGCCAUGAGGUGCUGUGAACUGUGAACAUGAAGGACAGAAAAGUUGACAAGGUGGGAAAUUUCAUGUGAUCUCAGCUUGCUUUUUUUUUUUUUUUUAAUAUUAUCUUCAGUGUCCCAGCCUGCCAUUAUCCAGUUACUUCUUACAUUUUUCAUUCCUUAAGGCAGGUGGCAGGAGAGAAAACAAGAUCUUGCCUUGAAGAACACAGUUUGUUCAGACAGGUGCAACAUAUUGGCAAGUAUGUUUACCUAUGAUCAGUGAGAUGAGUAGAUGAAAACUGUUAAAAACAGUGGGUAGAUAGUUGAAGCUGGGUUUAUUGGUCUGUAAAUCAGUAUGAACAAGCUGGUAAAGCCACCUGUGGGAGGAGACAAGUCAGGAGCUUGUAAGGAUGUUGAGUCUGUAAUAUAACAAGUCAGUUAACAACAGAGAAAGACUUUCUGGGGGAAGGAAAAGGAAUUCCUAUUUCUCAGUCACAUGACAAAUGUAAACACUGCCUCAUGCACUUACUGCUGAAUUACAUACAUGCUUUUCAAGGGGUGUGUUUCCCUGCAAGGUUUGUCACAGGUUAAAAAAAAAAGAAAAAAAAAAGAAAAAAAGACAAUAAAAAGUGAUUACAAGAAGAGAGGUAUUUUAUCUGUUACUUAUCUAAUCAGUCUGCAGUCAUUUGCUUUGCUUUUGGUGAAAAGUGGGCCAGAAAAACCCUGAGAUCCAAUUUCUAGGCUUGAUUUUUAAUUUGCGAUGCUUAUCUCUGUUGGUAAGCUUAAGAUGCCCUACUUACCAUGUGGUUUUAAUAAAACAGACUGAGUAGCAGAUAUAUUAUGUGUGUCUUGCAUACAGACACUUCAUUUUUUUAAAUAAUCAUCUUGUAAAUAAAGUUUCUCACUUGAACAGAUCGACGAGUCCUCAAGAAUUUUCACUGCUUUCAAGCAUGUGAAUGAUUUUAUGACUAACUGUAAAAAGUUAGCCAACUUGAUCAAAUAAAGCAAUGGCUGUUAAAAUGAAGUUUGUUCUUUCUGGCUAGUUCUCUCAUCAUUCCAUUUUUUUAAAAAAUAUAUAUGUAUAUAUCAGUGAAAAUUUUUCGAUAGAGAAGAGACAUCAUGUAACAACCUCUCAACAGUCACUAAACUAUGUGGAUUUCUCUGACAAACCCGCAAACCUCCACGUGCAUCCACCAGACUCAUAAAGGGCAGAAUGAGUUUACCCAUCAUUUAGGAAAAUUUCUAUACCAUAAACUGUCUUCAGUCUGAGCUGGUUCAUAUGUGAGAACACUGGCAAGCAGUUCUAUCUUGCAACCUACUCAUUCUACAGCCUCUUCAUCUCCUGUGCUGGUAGUCUAGGUUCAUAACAGAGAUGAGUUGCUAGAGGUGAUCUCUGAAGCAGUUAUUAUAUUUAUCAGCAGAGUUAGACCACAGCUUGUCUUUCCAAAUGACAGAGCCAUGAUAUAAUCAGUGAUUGCCAAUUGUCUCAUGUGUAUGGUAGUACCCCCUUUCUUACUGAAAGGUCAGUUCUUAUAAGUGCUUCCAAAAUCUAUGCACCCAACUUUUUCAGUUGCAGUGCUCUAGUUGGGGCUGCCAUUUAACUGGUAUUUUCAUGCCAAAACUAUUGACACCCAUGGUUCUGGUAGUGCAGCUUACCUGCUGGUUUUACAAACUCAUGCAAGGCAAGUACGGUUUCUUAGAGGAAAGAAGUGUAAAUGAAAAUCUGUACUCAGACAGUCUCUGCCUCAUUGGAGUCUUAGGCCUGACAGAUUUUCCUAUGCAUUCAAGAAUCCAAUAGAUUGCCAUAUUUCACAUAAAUAUUCCUAGGACAUGCUAUAACCUUUUCUGGAAUAGCAUGACAAGUUACUGAGGGAUUGCAUACUAGUAAAAAGAUAGUGAAGCGUAAGGAUGCAUCAAGAGUGAUUCAUAAUAUGGGUACAGCUUGACCACUUGUUCUCUUCUGAGCAGAUCCCAACAGCUGUAGGUAUCUGAAUCCCCAUCUUUCUAUCCUUGCCUCACCACUGUUUUAAAGAGGAGUAGCGUAUCAGGGGUAAUAAAUCUUCCAGAACCUUAUUCUUUUAAUUUUUUUCUGUGGUGCACUCUUUGACUUUCUCACAGGAGACACCUGUGACUGCAGGACUCUAUCUAUGUGUUUCAGACAUUCAAUCUGCUUCCGCUGUAUAAAAUUGCAUCUGACUGACCUUGACCUUCUUAGACAUUGGGAUUCUUCCCCUGCAUGUGUCCAGCUAGAGAUUUUUAAAUCUUUUGAUCUCCUACAAAGACAAUUUAUACCUUCUAAAUAAAAAAAAAAAAAAAAAAAAAAAAAAUAAUAAUUCCAUAGAGAAGCCCAAAAACAUUGUAGCAGCUGAUUUUUUUUUUUCCCCCCCAACAGAAAGAUGGAAUCAUACCAACCAGAUCAUGAAAAACUAACAGAUGAGCACCAGUCAGACUACAGGCUUGUUUUUUUAUUGUAUCUGGGCUGGAAUUAGCCCAAAACUACACGUGGUGGACAAUGAACAACACUGUUAAGUGCCAUGAUGAUCACAACCUGGAUAAGUAUUUGUUUCCAUUUGUGUACAGCACUGUGAUGGUGAUCAGUAUUCCCAUCAACUGCAUAUCCCUCUAUGCAUCUUGCAUUCAGGUGAGGAAAAGGAAUGAGUUGGCAGUCUACCUAUUUAGUCUGUCUCUGGCUGACCUUUUGUACUCUGUGAUUCUGCCUCUGUGGAUUGAUUAUGCCUGGAAUGGAGACAACUGGACACUCUCUGCCAGGCUUUGCCAGUUUUCUGCCUUCCUUACAUACAUGAAUUUUUACACCAGUACUGCGUUUCUUGCUUGCAUCUCUCUCGAUAGGUACCUGGCAUUAGUUCACCCCCUGAAGUUCCAGCACUUACGUACAAGAAGAAUUUCACUGAUUGUCAGCAUAAUUGUUUGGCUUCUGGAAGCUACCUUUAAUUCAGUUAUACUGAUGAAUAAAGAAGUAUUUAAUGAUCCUUGCAAUUCUACUAAUCAUAUAUUAUGUUAUGAUAAAUACCCCCUGGAACAGUGGCAGGCACAGCUGAACUUAUUCCGCAUAUGCUCAGGGUACCUGCUUCCUUUGAUAAUCAUUUUGUUUUGCUACCAUAAAAUCUACCAAGCAGUGAGGUGUAAUCAAGCCACAGUAAAUGAAGAAAAGAAAAGAAUCAAGAAACUUAUAUUGAAUAUCACAGUUACUUUCAUUGUUUGUUUCACUCCUUAUCAUGUUGUAUUAUUUAUUCGGAGCAUCAAAGAACCUCAGACCUCUAACCUACAGCUUUUACAGUCAAUGUAUAAAAUCUACAGAAUCACACAAGCCUUUACAAGUUUGAAUUGCAUUGCUGAUCCCAUUCUUUACUGCUUUGUGAGUGAAACUGCACGAACAGACAUUCUGAAUUUGCUCAAGUGUUGCUUGUACCUACAAAAACCUGAAGGAAACCAACCAGAAGAACAUGCUCUGUGCAGGUCUGCUACAAAGAGCAAUGCACUGGUCACCUACAGAUCUUCCUGUGAAACUGAAACUCUGUAAAACAUCUGUGAGAGCACAGUCAAAGAAAAUUGGAUAACGUAAAGGGAAAAAAAGUAAAAAAUAAAUUUCCCUUUUCUGUAAUAUAAGUAAACAACUCCAAAAUACUCUAAUCUAGGUAAAACCAGUAGCUGGAACUAAUAAGAAUAUAUUGCAGGGUCAGUUAAAUCAGUGGUCAUCAUAACAUUUCUUAAAAUCAGGUGUGGUACAUAAAUCAGUGUCAACAAACAGUAAAGGAAAAUGAACAUGAUUUGCUGACAAAAUUACAGAACUUCCUCCUGUCUCAGCUUGCUAGCUAGCCCAUAUGCUCUGUACACUUGUACGUAGCUGCAAAAAGGCUGCAGUCCUUUUAAUCUAGUUUUAACAGAAAUCUUAAAGUUCAUCUCAGAAAGAUUCUUCUGUACGAUUUUUUCUUAAAUCAGUACUGUGAUAGAAAUGAAUGAAAAAUGCACACACACAAAGAAUAUUCAAAUGAUUGACAAAGGACCAGACAAACUGAUAGUGUUAUGAUGAUUCCUGAUUCAGUAAUGACUCAAAUUCUCCUUCAGCAUAACCUCCCCAAUUAAUCACCUCUUAAAACUGUUUACCUCAUGUAGACAGUUACUUACCUGCUCUUAUUCAUUUUAGCUUUUGGGAAAUGUAUGUUCUAAUGUAUAUUAUCAUAUAUGAUUAUGGCAUGCAGUUUCAUUACAAAUACUGAAUUUCAGACAAUUGAAGAUUCAUUAUUUAGAAUACAUAUAAGGAACCAAAUUCAAGCCACAGAUGGAUAACUAAGGUGAAAUUUUACCUCAUAUGUUCAGGGAGGAUAGGAAAGAACUGGAAGGUGACGCUUCAUAUCUCCAUGAAAGAAAAGACCUCUCUUUGGUCUAGCUUGCUGUGACUGAAAUCUGGAGUGCAAUUUUGUUUGUGGAGUCAAAGGAGCAAAAAGGUUUAUAUUCAUUUAUUUACUCUCAGUCAGACAAUUAAAUAAAAAUAAUAAAUCAGUAAGCUAACAAAUAAUACUAACAAGCCAAUAAAGAAUAAGGCAACAAAACAACACAAAUAUUGAAAAGGUUGAAGUUUAGCACAGAUCAAAAUUAGAGCUGUUAAUGCAGGGAUUUGUUUGCAUGGUUCACAGACAGCAAUGGCCGCACAUUCCCAUGAAAAGAUGGUCAAAAUUUGUCUGCUCUCACAAACUUUUCACUUUUGCCAGUUUCCAGGAAGAAUGUUCAGUUGCGGUGGUUUCCCAGUUUCUUAAAGGAUAAAAAAAAUAUUCCACCAAAAAUGUCCCUCUAGCAAAUCUGUAAUGGAAAGAAUUUUGACCAGCAUUUUUCAGCACAGAUCCAGGACUGGCAUUAUACUUGAACAACCAGCAUACUGUGGUCACAGUCAGCAUGGAAAUUCUUAACUAGAUCCCUCUGCACAGAAAAUACCUCCAUUAUAAAGAACCACUUUCAUUCCACUAUUUCUGAUUACAUCUAUUUGUAUUUUUUACUCAUUUCACAUUCUGAGAAGGGAACUUGAGAGGCUGAGGACACUGGGCACAUUCAGCCUGGAGAAAAGAAGACUUUGGGGGUCCUAAUGGCAGUCUUGCUAUACCUGCAAAGAGUGUUGAGAAGAUGGAGCCAAGCUUUUCACAGCAGUACAUAGCAGAAGGACAAGAAAUUGUACGUAACUCAAAGCAAGAAGGAUCAGAGUUGAUAAAGGUAAAAUUCUUUGAACUAUGAGGACUGUCAAGCAGUGGGGCACGUGGCACCAAGAGGUCCUGCACUCUCCAUCCUUGUGGAUUUUCUAGAUUGAACUGGACAAAGCCCUGAGCAACGUCGUCUGGUCUCAUAGCAGACCUUGUUCGGAGCAGGAAAUUGAACUAGAGACUUCCUUAGGUCCCUUCCAAACAGAAUUAUCAUGUGAUGCUAUGAACUUCUAUAAACAUUCGUGUCAUUACUCUGGCUGCUACCUUCCUUUUUAAAUAGUUAUAUUCCUUUUCCUUCUUUGUUUCCAUCAAUCUUUAUACUGGAUUUUGUUUUGACAUGCUUUUUUCUCUAAUUCCAUUUUAUAUAUUAUGAAAGAAAAAGAACGCAAACAUCAGUGCAAAUUGCUUCACCACAGAUGUGUUCCUGUCCCUAUACUAACAUAAGAACAUAAUGUGUUAUGCAAUAGAAUGAAUUUUCACUGCAGCUCUGGAAUAAAAGGAGAACUAAAGUUCACUGUAGUUUCAUGGGGAAAAAAAAUCUCAGUAAUUUAUUUCUGCACGCAAAAAAAGUUGGAAAUUUAAAUUUGUUGGGGUUUAAAAUGUGCAGAUCAGAUCUGGUGAUGGUAACCAGCAUCAGCCAGCAGCCCUGAUAGUGACAAGGCAUUCUGAGAUUGAGAUGAAAAGCCGAGGCAGCAAGCUAAAGUCAGGUUCAGUGAGGUACAAGGCCAGACAGUAUAUUCCUGAGAUGUAGCUCAGCAUAGUAAGUGCUUGAGCUGACAAGUAACUCCUGUUCCAAGGAGGGGGAAUUACCAUCAAGAAUCCUCCAGCUUCUUCUCACAUAACUUCUUCCAGCAGCCUGGCCCAGGUUGCACGGCAGCACCAUGUCAGCACUGGCCUCCUCACAGGCAGCCAAAUCCAAGAAGGCAGGGGAAGAGACCAUAGAAUGUGUGUAUUCAAGGUCCUAACCCUGCUCAAAGAGCUUCACUUCCACAAAAUUUGGCUAUGUAAUUUUAUACCGUAGAAUUUUCCACAACUUUUUAUGAAAACCUUAGCUUGGACCAGCUUUCAUUGUUUCUUAUGAAAGCUUUUUUAAUCGCAUCUGUUCUUACAGUCCCUCCACACCUGACUGAAGAUCAUUUUGAGAUAAAGGAAAUCAAUGGCAAUAGCUGGCCCAUAGGCUGGGCUUCAUGAAGGAACUCAGUUAAAUUAGGGGGUCCACUUCAGGAAAAUAAAGCAUAGGUACCUAAUCUCUUCGGCUGUUAUGAAAUGCUGGCUUUGUCUGUUUACUGUUUGUUAAAAUGAGGAAGCUGAGAUGUGGAGACUGCAAUGCCCCGUACUUCAAUCAUUCCUGUAUUUACUUCAAUACUUUCACAUAGAUAAAGAUUUGCACUCUUUUUCAUUCUCUCUCCAGACUUGUUUGUCCCAGCUGGAUCAAAUUGAGUGUAUGAAAAUAAACAUCUAUAUUUUUUCCAGAAUCACAAUGUUAUAGGAGAAUAGAACAGUGAAAAAUAAAUGUAUUCAUGAAGGCUUCAAUCCAUGUACUAUUAUUACUGAAUAUUUUGUAUAGAACUCCUAGUAGUUCUGCAGUCAAAAAUCAGAUGCAAGUUCACAGAAACUCCUUCAAAAGCAAGGACAUUUCUUACACCAAAGAGUUUAUAAAAAUCCAAAGAUCUAUUUAAUGGCAAGAAGAAAUAAAUGAAUUCAAAUUCCAUUUUUUUUUCCUAACAGACAAGGCCUAAAGUCACUAAUGUAUGACUUUGAGGAGACACUGGUACCUAUCUCUCUUCUCAAGCUAUUCAAUAUGAAUAUGGAUAGUUAAAGGAUUGUGAUGGUAAUUUAAUAACUAGUGUACAAAAUGUCAGUGUUAAACAAUACUGUUUUCAGCACAAUAACAGCAGAGGUGAAUUUAUAUAUCACUAAUUUACUUCAAGUAGAAUCUACCUUCCAGUAGUCCAAAGAUAUAAUGCAACUUCUUAAGUCAGGAGUUUUUCAGAGAAUUGUGCUGACUUUGCUGGUGCAAUUUCAGUCUUCAUUUGAGCUGUGUUUCCUAGAAUCCUAGCCACAAGCUGUCCCACGACAUUCAUGAUGCAGAUCAUUGUUCUUUUUUGAUCCAACAACACAUCUUAACAUCAGUCCUGACUUACACAGCUGUGGACUAACAGGGACUAACAGAUGCUCUCACUUAACUUUUUUCUGAGUCUCUAACACAUCUGACUUCAGAGCAACUGAGAAAGACAAAGAGAAGCUUGAAUUUCAGCUAUAUUCCAGUUCCUGUUUCCACUCACAGAGAAUGACAUUUAAAAAUGAUUCUAACUACUCCAGUGACAAGUUUCUGAGACUGUUACUCUUUUAUGCCAGUAAGGAAAGGAGUACAAUGCCAUAGUUUAGCUACACGCCACUUUUCACGUUGCUUACCAGCAUCAUCAGUGUUGUCAUUAGUCUCGUUCUCCAGUUUCUAACGUGGCAAAGCAGCAUCUCCUUCACUUGCUCCCAGUCUCCACUCAGAAUAGAGAGGAUAAAGGAGUGAGAGUGUUAGAGGGCUUGGUACCAGUGCCCUAAGAAAGGGAACUGAAGUGUGGUUCUGCACAUGUUGGGAGUCUGGAGUGACUGCUGCACCCACUGAAAAUGGACAGGGUUUUCCUCCCAUGAGACAUCAGUCACCUGUAGUUCCAGAGCCCUGUGAAAUGGCAGCCUAAUCCUGCCCAGUUUCACCUGCUGCACUGUACCACAUAUGAAAAGCCAUAGCCUAGUAUUGAUAGAGGGUGGGGAUUAACAGAGAGAGUCCUUGUGCAUCUUCUAAAUGUUUCUACAUUUUUGUACAGCCGCACUACAAUUGCUGUUUUACUGAUAUAAUGCUAGCCUAAAGAAAAAAUAGGUCACCCCCUUUUUUGAUUUUUUUUUUUUUUUAAAUUGACUGAGUAUUUUGUUGACAGAGAAUACAGCUAUCCAGCUUCUUAAGUGGAGUGUGAGACCUUGAAAAAAAAAAAAAAUGAAAAAACCAUCUCUUACAAGCUAUUACUUUAAAUUUAGUAUUUUUAGAAAUAUUAUUGCUUUAGCAACAACUUGGUUAAAGGUUCAAUUUCAGGGACAACAGAUUUUUUUUCUUUUUCUUCUUCUCUAGUGAACACAAAAUCUGUUGCUAGAUGAAAAACUAAGGUGGUGACAGAUUUCAUAGAACUGCAGUCAGAUACUGAACUGGUGUCUGAUAACAUAAUUAUACUUAUGAACAUAACAUUUAGUUUUAUGCCUGUUACAUAUGUCAGUGAACCUCAAGUUUUUACUGUGGAUCUUUAGAUAUCUAGACGUGGUGCACUGUCCUUCAGAUGAGAUACUGAAGAUCAUUCAUCAUAAGCAAUCAGUUGCUGUCUUUUUCCAAGAGCUGCUGGUAAUAUCCUCAAAUAUGCUAUAUUAAAUUUCAGCUGAAGCUUUAUUUUGACCUGUAAAACCAUAACCUUACCUUUUGUUUCUCACAAUUUAAAAGUUUCCUCCCUUUUGACAGCAGAUAUGUUGAAGUAACUAUUUUUCUUGUCCCACAUGAAGAGUGACACCUAGAAACAUUUCAAACUUCUAGCACUUUACCACAGUUAUUUGUCUCUUGAUUUCAGCCCCAAUCCAGAGAUAUAUUAAGCUAUUAGAAGAAAAAAAAAAAAAAACUGAGGGGACGAUUAUCUGCCAUUGCAGAUGUCAAGGCAAGUACUAAAUCCAGAAAGUCGCAGUCUACAGGAGAGGUGCAACCAAUAUGUCCCAAAGCCAUUGGGACACAACUCUUUCUCAGUUUUCCUCUUUUUCCCUUGACACCUCACUGUACCUGCUACUAACCUAGACAGACUGUGCUUCUCAAAGCUCUCGCAUAUGAUAUCUCCAGGGCCUCAGGAAGCAGGCUGACUUACAACCACUCAUCUUUUUGAGAUAGCUUUCACCUUAGCAGACCCAAGAACUUUUUAAUGAGAAGGACAGUUAAAAAACAAAACAACACAACACAACAACAACAAAACACUUAAGACUUGGAAGGCAAGAGAAACUCCAAUUAUUCCAAGUAUCAAUUUAUAAGAUUAAUUUUCAAGAGAGAAUAAACACAUGGUUUCACCUGUAUGCCUUACUCAUCCUAAGGGACUGCAAUGCACUAAAUAACACUCAGCAAAUUAAGGUUUCUACUCCCUCUUAGAAUACACAAAAGGUCAAACUAAAAAUAACUACUGAUACAUUGACAGUAAUCCCAUGAAGGCAGAAAUGAGCCCUCCUUCCUGGCACGCAGUGGGAGCACACACAUGGCCAUCUGAACACUUCAUAACCAACAUACAGAUUCUGUGAAGUAUAACCAACCUAACUAAAUGUUUCAGACCAAGAUGUUGUACAGGAAAACAAUAUUGCUUUUACGCUCACAUUUUUUACAGCAUUAGUGCCAGACGUGUGAAAUACAGCUGGCAAUUUCCUGCUCACCUAUUUUAACAAGAAUAGCACCAAUCUUCCUUACUUGUAUGCAUGGCUGUCAGUGCACAAUGCACUGUCACAGUCCGGUCUACAUAUCACUACAGGAACAUAACAAAACUAGUAAAAUACUGCAGCGUAUAUAUUCUCAAGGAAUCCCUGGUGAGUCAGUGUUUAAAGCUGCAUUGAAAUUUACAGCUGUUGUUAAUUCCCCUGUAACGUUCUGUUUGAGUAACACAUUUCUUCACUAAGUCUAACAUUCACACUUGGAAGACUUAUUACUGAGGAAAGCAAGAAAUAAAUUUAGGUAGUAGCAUUUAGCAGUUUAAAAUUAGCUCCUUUGGAAAAUGAAAAAUUCAGCUCUGAAGUUCUUUAUAUUUUUAUUUCUAUCCCUUCUACAUCAUUAGUAGAUUCAAAAUUUGACUUUAGAUGGGCCUGGCAUAUGCAGCUUUGAAACAUAAAGAAACAGUUAUCACCAUAACUCAAACUCUACCAAGGAAAGUAAAAGGCAAGAAUUUCCGUUAUUUUCAGUCAUGACUUCACCGGAAGUUUUUCAUGUGGUUAUUUAAAAGUUACAACUCUAUGUUACAACUGUGAAUACCUGGAGGUUCUCAUAUUUUCCUUUCUCUCGUGUUUUAUCACUGCAGAAAAAGAAUCUUGAAAUUAUGACUCGUAUAUGCCUAAAUGAAGCAGUGGAGGAAAAGAAUUCUAAGUAAACUACAUUUUAAAUGUCAUUAUUUUUAAUAAAAUCU